GAGAAAGGAAAGGCGGAAGGGAGUGGAGAAGGCGAAGUUUCACUGAUUUUUAUAAUAUAAUAAGAAGGUGAAGAGGGUGGGUUUCUGGGUUGCAGUUAAAGUCUGGGCAUUUGUGGAAGAAGAAUAAAGCAGUAGAAGAACUGCAGACCUGCACAGGUGUCUCAGAACUUUGUCUCUCUGUCUCUGUUUCUAUUUCCGCUGAAGCUCUCGGCUCGGGAACAAAGAACAAAGAGAGGCGCUGUGUGUGUGUGUGUGUGAGAGAGAGAGAGGGAGAGAAGGGUGUCCGCCAUGGUCGGAGGAGCCUCUAAACUUAGGAGGGCAGCAAGAAAAAUUGGGCUUCCCUGUGGUUAUUUCUCAACCAGGCAAUCCAAAGACGAUCCUGUCGUCACUAACUAUAUCUCAAGCUCAGCUGUUUCUACAAAGCGAGAGAAUGUCCCAGAAAUCUCAAACUCAGAGGAUUCCGAAUCCAGCGGCAUAGCUAAUAAGAAUUUGUGUGCAAUAUGUCUGGAGCCUCUGAAUUAUAGCACGGGCAGCAGUCCAGCAGGGCAGGCAAUAUUCACAGCCCAGUGCUCCCACGCGUUCCAUUUCACCUGCAUCUCCUCCAACGUCCGACAUGGCAGCGUCACCUGCCCCAUUUGCCGGGCGCAUUGGACCCAGCUGCCCCGCAACCUCAACCCCCCCUGUUCCCUCCCUUGCAACCAGACACACACGGACCCCAUCCUUCGCAUCCUUGACGACUCCAUCGCCACUUUCCGAGACCACAGACGCUACUCCCUCCGCUCCGCUCGCUACGAUGAUGACGACCCUGUUGAGCCACAUCACACACCCAGCCACCCACGUCUCCAUCUCUCUCUGCUUCCAAUCCCUCUCACCGGAACCACCAGCUUUUCCCCAUGCCGCCACCACACAACCUCUUCUUUGCCAUCCCCAUCUGGGUUCUGUACUACUAGCAGUAGCAGCAGCAGAGCUUAUCUCUCUGUAAAACUUGCACACCAGCAAGCAACUGACCUGGUCCUGGUUGCCAGCCCCAACGGCCCACACCUCAGACUUCUCAAACAAUCCAUGGCGUUAGUGGUUUUUUCACUUCGCUCUGCUGAUCGUCUGGCCAUAGUUACCUACUCUUCCGCUGCAGCGCGCGCAUUCCCUCUCCGGCGCAUGACAUCUCACGGAAAGCGGACGGCCCUACAAGUCAUCGAUCGUCUGUUUUACAUGGGGGAGGCUGACCCAGCUGAGGGACUCAAGAAAGGGAUCAAGAUACUGGACGAUCGUGCUCACAGGAAUCCUGAAUCCUGCAUCCUACACCUCUCUGAUAGCCCCACAAGAUCCUACCUUGGUCAUGACAUGGAAGAAAUCCCCAUUCCAAUACAUCGUUUCCAUGUAGGCUUUGCUUUUGGCACUUCGAAUGGAUUCGUGAUGCAUGAGUUUGAAGAGUUCUUGGCGAGGUUACUUGGAGGUGUAGUAAGAGAAACCCAGUUGAGAAUUGGGGAGCAUGGAGUUGUGAGGCUGGGAGAGCUGCGGGGAGGAGAGGAGAGAAGAAUCCCAUUGGACUUGGGAGACUCUGGAUAUGUUUGUGUGGGAUAUAGCUAUAUUGAUGGUGGGGCAGAAGAAUGUAUAAGAACAGGCGAAAUGGUGGUGAGUAUCGAGGAUAAAAGGGCAAGCGAUGGGGGAGAAGACGACGGAGGAGAAGACAUGAACAUACGUGGAAGAACCAGUGUUGAGGGCUGGGAUUACCAUGAUCCUUACAUGGCUAGAAGAUGGGCCAAACAUUUGCACGGAUACAGGCUCUGAUUCUCUCCCUCUCUCUCUCUCUCUCUCUCUCUGAUUCCUUUUGCAUGAAGAUCAGAUAAAAUAUACAGAUAUUAGCCAGAUAUGGUCUGACUGAGAAUACAAAGAAAUUAAAUUAAAACAUGCCAUGGCACAGUUGAAUUACACCAAACUGUACUGGAGGUUUCAUUUAUGGAUCCAAGCAAGCAUCAUGCCUAUGGUUUUUGUAGUAUUUGUGGUUCGAUUGAUGCAUACUCCACUCCAGCACAUUGCAUGAAUGGAAUUCUUGAUUCUAUUCUAAGAAUGUUAGGCAAUUUGAUGUAAAGAACGCUAUUUUUCGUUUUCUAGCAUCCUUCAUUUGUUGGCAAUGUGAUACAUGCGCGAUGCUUUUUACUUGGCA